CUGCGGGCGGGAUCGCGGGGUAGGGCCGGCGCCAGGCCUUCAAGGUCAAACCACUGACGGGUGCCGUUAAGACCCGCGCUCGAGCGCCCACCCCAAAUCCCGAGACGUGCGGGUCGCGGGCGGCCGGCCCUGGCCCGAGAGCUCGCUCUUGUUCCCGCGGGAUCUCAAGCUGGCGUGAGGCCGAGCCGGCCUGGGCCGGGCAUCCCCUGGCACAGCCUGCGGGCCUGUCCGGGAAGCUGUUGCGACACUCGGGCGGUGGCCCGUUAGACUCGGGUCGAGUCUGGAGUGUUGGCUUUCCAAGCCGUGGGCUAGCUAACUCCUGAGGACCCGGAGCUCCUCAGGCCCCAGCGCCCCGCGCUGGGCUUGCACCUGAAGUCGCCCAGUACACCCCGCAGUUGUUGAAUGAAUGAGUUCUUCGGGGGCCCGCGGUCGCUGGGCCCUGCGCCAGACUGAGAGCUGGGGGCGGGGAAGGGAGAUGUCGAAAUGGGGCAGGAUGAUUCAGAGAUGACGACAGGUGGAGAAGCCAGACUGGAGGCAGCUGCCCAAGCACAGCAGGAAAAGUAUAUGGGGAAGUUCGGACGUACAGCUUGUCGCUGAGUGACGCAAUGAUGAACCUACCGCCUGGUGAUAACUGCCUUUUGUGAUAAGACCCCUCUCCCUCCUGGACAGGUCGGUGGAGUCUGAGAGGGGCGCGCACUGGUUAAAGAACAAUGCCAGCAAUUCCCAGCCUUGAGCACCACCUCCUGGGCCGUGACGUUGCACCGGAGCUUCACUAGGGCUGCAGGCUCGGUUGAGGAACACAGGCGCUUUCCCUACUCCGUCUGCCUCGCUUCUUCAGUUUCCCGUCCCUGGAGCGUGUUUGCACAAACCUCCCCACUGUUUCCAGCUCUCUCUUUACUGCCUAUUUUACUGAGAUGAUGAUGCAAUUGUGAACUUUUCCAUCUGUUUAUAGGUUUUCCGUAAAUAGGGAAGGGGUUUUCCUUUUUUUCUCUAAAGCUUAGCGGUUUCUGGGCCUCUGGUUUUUCGGGGUUCUGUUUUUUAACUUUUUUUUUUUUAACUCAUCUAUUCUCUUCCUAUUCAGCAGUGGUUAUUAACUUUUGCGUCUCGACCUUUUGGAAAAUAAGCUACAAAUCCUCUUCUCCUUCCCCUCCACCUUCCACCCACCCUGCACACACACAAUUUUGAAAAUAAUUUCUGAAUUUGCAGAGUCCCUGAAGGUGACUCGUGGCCCCCCGAGGGGUACAUUAACUUCAGAUUAAGAAAAGCCUGAGUUCUCACACGUCUCGCAAAAAGAAACUCACUCAAUCCUGCUAGAGUAUUCAUUCCCUUUACUGCCAAACUGCUCCAGUAAUGACCUAUAUAUACCUGCUAUGUCCUUUCUCUCCUUAAGCCCUACAUUUUUACUCUUUUAUUUAGUGGUCGCAAAUGACUUUUCCAAAUCCAAUGGUCUUUUUCUUGUUCUGAUUUUUCUGGACUAAGAGAUAACACUUAGCCCCUCCAUUGACCCAUCCCUCACUGCAACUUUUUCCUACCUUCAGGAACCACUCUAUCUCUUCUAUCUUUUAGACUUCUGAGUCUCCUACACUUCUCUGCCCACUGGGGAGGAACAUUCCUAAAGGUUUAAUGCUUCUUGUUCAUCUUUAAUACCUUAGGGAACUUUACCAUCCCAAAUCUGUUUUCCUUUUUGGAGCCCUGUCUAUAUUUCCCUAUUGCUUACUCUUUAACUGAAAUUUCCAUGUGAACUCUUCAGUAAAUAUUUAUUGAGUAACAACUUUAUGCCUGACACUGUACUUGAAGCCGGUGACACAGGACAGAUGGAGUCCAUGCUUUCACGAAGCUUACUUUUUAAUGGGGGGAAAGAGAUAGACCAAUAAGAAAAAUAUCAGAUAGCUCUAGGUACCAUGCUGAUAACUGAAAUAGGGAGGUGGAUAAAGUGUGACUGGGUAGCUACAUUUGCAUGACCAGGAAAGGCCUUUCUGAGGAGACGACACUAAGGUAAGUUCUGAAUAAGAGGCAGGAACUCAUGAUGGACUCAGACAAGAGCAUUCCAGAAGAAACAGGAGGUACAACAAUCCUAAGGUAACAACAAGAUUGGUGUAUGAAGGAACAGAAAGAAAGUCUAUGUGGCUGGAGCAUGGUGAGUGAGGGGGGAAGUGAUACAAGAUGAGGUUGGAAAGAUAGGCAGAGGGUGAAUAUCCACCUUAAUUUCUGACUCAGCAUGUCCAUUCCAAACUCAGCCUUUCCACUCCCCACCCCAACCAAUUCCUCCUAAAUAUUCCUUGUCUACCCAAUCAAUCAGACUUUAAAGCUGGAAUCCUCCUUGACUACCCCUUCAGAAUAAUUAUUCUGAAAUGUUUCGUUUGUUCAUGCUCUCCUUUUCCUUCUUAUUGAUAUUAUUCUUUCCCAGUAUCUGAUCACUUUACAUCUAUAUUGUAAUAACCUUUGAAAGGCCUCCCUACCUCUGGAUCCCCUGGCUUUACUAGUAUUUGGAUUUGCCUCCUUCCAGGGACAUUGUAGGAUUGUUCUUCCCACCUCCUUGAAGAUAGGCAUGGCUGUGAGAUUUGCUUUGACCAAUGAAAUGUGAGAGAAGCAUGAGAGCCACACAUUAACUUCCCCUGCCACAUGACUGGUGAUGUUCAGAUGGUGGGAGCACCAUCAGUCUGGGGCCCUGACCCAGAAGAUGUCAACCAUUUUUGGCCAUGAGGACAAAGCCUAUACCUUAGCAGGUGGCAGAGGAAAAAGUAGAAGAAACUUGUUUCCUUGUGGGUAACACUAGUACCUCUGGACUACUCAUGUUCUGGCUGCAGACUUAGGAGAUGCCUGGGACAAGGAGACCACCUUCUCAGGGCAAAAGGAAAAGGAGGUGACAGGCGUUGAGACCACUGAAGGGAACCCAUGGCUAGGAUCAGUUUUUCCUACCUCUGCCCAGCCUCCUGGUACUUCACUGUGCCCACAGUGAGCCCAUUUCCCCGUCAGCGGGUGGCACUCCUAGGACUCUUCUUCAUAUCCUGUCUCCUUUUACUUAUGUUAAUCAUGGACUUUGGACAUUGGGGUGCUUCAGUGCCACGAGAUAGGCAAUAUGAAAGGUAUUUGGCUCGAGUAGGGGAGCUUGAAGCUACUGACACUGAAGACCCAAAUCUAAAUUAUGGACUUGUUGUGGACUGUGGCAGCAGUGGCUCCCGGAUUUUUGUUUAUUUCUGGCCAAGACAUAAUGGGAACCCCCAUGAUUUGCUGGACAUCAAACAGAUGAGAGACCGCAACAGCCAACCUGUGGUUAAAAAAAUCAAGCCAGGAAUCUCUGCAAUGGCUGACACUCCAGAACAUGCCAGCGAUUACCUUCGUCCUCUGCUAAGCUUUGCUGCUGCCCAUGUGCCUGUGAAGAAGCACAAAGAGACCCCCCUUUACAUCCUGUGCACAGCAGGCAUGAGACUUCUCCCAGAGAGGAAGCAGUUGGCUAUCUUGGCUGAUCUAGUGAAAGAUUUACCACUGGAGUUUGACUUCCUCUUUUCGCAGUCUCAGGCAGAAGUGAUCUCUGGGAAGCAGGAAGGGGUUUAUGCGUGGAUUGGAAUCAACUUUGUUUUGGGAAGAUUUGACCAUGAGGAUGAAUCAGACGCCGAGGCUCCCCAGGAACUGGCAACAGGACGCAGAAGGACAGUAGGGAUACUGGAUAUGGGAGGAGCCUCUCUCCAAAUUGCUUAUGAAGUUCCUACCUCAACCUCUGUCCUUCCUCCAAAGCAGGAAGAAGCUGCAAAGAUCCUGCUGGCUGAAUUCAACCUGGGCUGUGAUGUGCAACACACUGAACAUGUGUAUAGGGUUUACGUCACCACCUUCCUGGGGUUUGGGGGCAAUUUUGCCCGGCAGCGCUAUGAAGACCUUGUGCUGAAUGAAACUCUUAACAAAAACAGGUUGCUGGGCCAGAAGACAGGUCUGAGUCCCGACAAUCCAUUUCUGGAUCCCUGCCUGCCUGUGGGCCUCACAGAUGUGGUGGAGAGGAAUAGCCAGGUGCUGCACGUCCGAGGAAAAGGAGACUGGGCGACUUGUGGGGCAAUGCUGAGCCCCCUGCUGGCUCGCUCCAACGCCAGCCAGGCAUCACUGAACGGCAUCUACCAGUCGCCCAUUGACUUCAACAACAGCGAGUUCUAUGGUUUCUCGGAGUUUUUUUACUGUACAGAGGAUGUGUUGCGCAUUGGUGGCCGCUACCAUGGGCCAACAUUUGCCAAGGCUGCUCAGGAUUACUGUGGCAUGGCUUGGUCAGUAUUGACUCAGAGAUUCAAGAAUGGCCUCUUUUCAUCACAUGCAGAUGAACAUCGACUCAAAUAUCAGUGUUUUAAAUCAGCUUGGAUGUACCAAGUCCUUCACGAAGGAUUCCACUUUCCCUAUGACUAUCCAAACCUGCAGACAGCCCAGCUGGUGUAUGACCGAGAGGUUCAGUGGACGCUGGGAGCCAUUCUGUAUAAAACACGAUUCUUACCACUCAGGGAUCUACGGCAGGAAGGUGUCCGACAGGCCCACGGCAGCUGGUUCCGUCUCUCCUUUGUCUACAACCACUAUCUCUUCUUCGCCUGCAUUCUGGUGGUGCUACUGGCCAUCAUCCUGUACCUUUUGCGGCUACGCCGAAUUCACCACCGACAAACUCGAGCCUCAGCACCACUGGACAUGCUGUGGAUCGAAGAGGUGGUGCCCAUGAUUGGGGAACAGGUGGGGCCAUGAGGCUGGACAAGGACUAAAGAAGCUUCAAUACCCAGAGUCGCUGCUCAUCGAAUUCCACCACUUUCUUGUACUGGCCUCGGAUGCUGCUUUGCCUGACCUUGUGGAUAUUUGGCCCUGGAAUUUCUACUUUAAUUUCUGCUUUAACUCCUUCUCAAUAUCCAGGUCCUCUUCUCUGAGAGGAGCUGUAAUUUAGUCUGUGAAGAACUAAAUAAUGAGAGAUUGGUGCUAACAAAGGGGACCAACCUCCGUCCAGUUGAAGCAUGCUUCUUCUCCUUUAUCUGAGAGGUCUGGUGUGUUCCUAGGAUCUAGAUUUUUCUCCCCUUGCUAAAGCAUGAAGUUUGGCAUCAGGCACCCUGGAAGCCUGGUUAAAACCAAACUUGCAGCAUCUGAUAUAAAGCCGAAGACAUUCUAGCAAGUGCAGCAGCCCCUUCUUUCUCUGUAACAGAGAGAUCAUUUAUGUGGAGAUCCACAGCCUUUGAUAGGGAUCCAAGAUCUUUGCAGUUCAUUGGAAUAGAUAUGAAUUUCAAGGCAACCAAAAUAACACAGUUUCCUUGCUUACUUGACAAAGAAGCCAUUAUGAGUGUGGUUCAAGAUGCCUGACAGUGUUGCUGAUGUUAGUUUGUGAUUGUAAGAGGUUACAAUCCCUUCUAAAUGAAUGGUCCAUUGAAGAUUCUGACAAUACGUUAUCUGAUGUCUAGUAUGACCAGGAUAGAAAAUUUUUCCAUGUCUGUGUGCCUCACAGGCUUUUUGGGCAUUAAUUUUCCUUUUUGAGCCUUAAGUGUGCUUGUAGGAUGGAGAAACUGUGAUGGGGCCUGGAGACCUGGAUUUGUCUGGUUUCAGGUCGCUAUCCUCUAGGCCUAUUUUUAUGAGCCCUUAGGCCAUAACAUUCAAAAAGAGUUCCUUUAUUUCACUGCUAAGAUCAGUAUGUAGUUUGGGAAGGGAUGUAUUUGAGUUUUUUUUUAAGAAGGGAAGAACAAUAUCCGGAGAGUGGGCAAAGGCAAUAAAAUCCAAGCUCUUAUUGAUUAAUGUUUUCCUGAGAAAUAGAAAUUUUCUCAAUUUGACUUGGAAUGUCUGAAAAGAAACAAAUUCUAAACUUUGGAAUAAAUAGAUAAAUCUGUCAAUAAGCCACCUGGCAACUUUCAGAAUGCUUGUUAAGAGAUUGCUCAGUCACAAACAGCAUUUCCAUUAAUGAGGAGAGAGGAAAAGCCAUACUAAUUACGUUUUCCUUCACUACCCUUCAGAGCUUUGCUCCUCGUCUACAGUUAGCCUUUCAAUUACAUGAGGAUUUCUUUUUCAUCAACUGCCGCCUUUCUUAAUGGAGUCUUCCUUAUACUCUACCCUUUCCUAUACGUAGCCUUGAAUGUCCUGCCCAAGCGUAUGCUCCCAGGGUUGAAGUAGCUUUCUCUUCUUUCGUGUCACCUUUGAUUUCUAGAAUUAGAUGAGUAGAGAAAAAGGUUCCUGAAUUUAAAGGAAAAAAAAGUGGAAUUCUUAAAAAAUAAAUCUCAUACUUGGAGUGGAAAGGAAUGAAAUGCUUCUCAAAAGAGAGAAAAAGAAAUCAAGACCCUCCUAGAAAUAAACUGAGAUGAAAAUAAGUAUAGCGACCUUUGCUUGGUUGAUCAAAAUAUAGCAAGUCUUGAAUUGUUUUCAAAUUAGAUAAAAAUGGACCUAGCAAAGAGUCUUACAGUUUUUCUUUGGAAAUAUUUUUUACUUUUCAUUAGGGCUCAUGUCACAGCAAUUUCCUUUAGUUUUUAAGACUUCUAAAUUGCCUUGAUUUUCUUUGACUUCUUAUUAUCUUUGUGUCUCUGUGAGUGAGCCCUUGCCUUAUGGAUGCUGCUUAUACAUAAUGUCAAAGUGUGUUUUUGCUAGCCGCUGCUACUCAGGUAACUCUUUUCCCCUCACCUGGGUUUCCAAAUACUAUUUUUGGUUUUCUUGUGAGAUCUAGUCAAAAGCUACCUGAUUGGCUAACAGUGAUCAGAUUCAUGUGCUCAAAAUGAAGUUGAAGUGGGAAGGAGGUAGUGAUUAGUCCAGUUUGAAAGCUCUUAUUAGUCAAGUUAUUCUUCAUCCUGGUUAUAACAGCUGCCAUUUGUUAAGCACUUAUUAUGUACCAGACACUCUCUUAAAAUUGCAUGUAUAUUAUUUAAUCAUUAUGACAGCCUUUCAGAUUGAUGUUACUGUCUUCUUUUUAUAGUCCAGAAACUCAGGAUACCUACAUUUAUCACUUUUUCAAUAUAAAUGUAUUUCUUAUUCUUAAUUUAUUUUAAUUAGUCUUUGAGUUUUUGCUUAAUAUGUGUUAUAUCCUGUUUAUUAUUUUAAUAUUAUCCAGGUUUGUCCUUAUUACCAUGUGUAAGAUUUCUCAGAGUUCCAAGGUAUAAAAAUAGGAAAGAAAAAUUUUUAUCAUACCCCUCAGAAAAACUGAAUAUUUGCUCUUGGUAUUGGUUCCUGUGCUUCUUCCAAUGCUCCCAAUUAAUAGAUUUUAAAUGAAAUGUCAUUAGCUAGAAACAGAAACCAUUUAUUCCUUGCUGAGAGCCAAUUACUUAAAUAUAUUGCUUUCUCAUAAUGAAGUAUUCUUUUUUUUUAGUUUUAAUUUUUUUGGUGAGGAAGAUUCGCCCUAAGCUAACAUCUGUUGCCAUUCUUCUUCUUUUUGCUUGAGGAAGAUUGUCCCU